CCAGAUCGCGAUCGCGCAUUUUUCGCAGACCCGGCAAAGGCUUCAUUGCUGGGCCUAGCGACGGCCGUCGAAGAAGUCACUCCAAUUAUCGGGACGGAACUCAAGGGCGUCCAGCUAAGCAAACUCACCGACCAGCAAAAAGACGAGCUUGCGUUGCUUGUAGCCGAGCGAGGCGUCGUCUUCUUCCGUGACCAGGAUAUCACUCUCGAGCAGCAACACGCACUGGCAUCAUACUAUGGCAUUAAUAUCCAGUCGAUUAACCCAUCAACCAGUUCAGUAUCUCACCCUCUUCUCUGCAGAAACAUCCGAGCUCACGGCAACUACACUGCAGAAUGGCAUGGAGAUCACACUUUCGAGGUGAACCCGCCUUCUUAUACACUCCUGCGCCUAGUCAAGACUCCUCCAAGCGGUGGAGACACCAUCUUCACCAGUCAAACCGGCUUGUUUGACAAACUGAGUCCCGCUUUCCAGAGGGCCAUCGAAGGCCUCCACGCCAUCCACUCUUCAGAUAGGGCCUAUCUGGCUUCGAUCAACGGGGGAGGAACACCGCACAGAGCCCCCAUCGCCACGGCCCAUCCUCUAGUUCGAACUCAUCCAGUAACUCGCCUCAAGUCUCUCUUUUACAACCCAUCAUUCAUAGAGCGCAUCCAGGAGCUCAACGCCCAGGAGUCUCACCACAUUCUCGCUUUUCUCCGCGAGCACCUCUCCAACGCCGAUGAUUUGACGGCUCGGUGGAAAUGGACUCCUGGCGCGGUCGCAUUCUGGGACAACAGAAUUAUUGCUCACAGGGCCGUG